GAUUAAUAUCACACUGUAUUAUUGUGGGGCAGUCAUCAUGCUGCACGUGCAUGGCCUGUUCCGCCGCGCCUCCGGCCACCGCCGCUUCUACUCGAACCUGAACCUCCCCAUCAAGACCUCGGACAUGGUUGAGUUCGCGGUACGAGUCAAGGUAUCGGAGCCGUUGGCGUUCACGUUGCCGUUGCCUGGACGUCCCGGCCUCACUCGCAUCGACUUGGAGCACACUGGCGGGUCCAAGUCCACGUCCGAGCGCGAAAGCGUCGGUCACUUCGUCGCGACGCUCAAGGAGCUCGACCCGACCUUGACGACCGUGUCAGUGACCACCAUGGACGGGGUCACCGUGAGCAAGUAUGCCAGUCUUCGUGCGCUGGCGCCGGUGCCGCUUCUCCUUCGCUUGAACACGGCUACGUUGGAGUUGGAGAAGGAAGGCACUGUGGACCAAGACGAUGCCUUGAACGAGAGUGAGAGCUCGGCGUUUGGCACUGUCAAGCGAUACAUUGAGCGUGAUACUCGGACAUCGAUUCCAAUCGAUCAAUUCUACCACAUGUGCAAAAACGUGGGCGCAGACGACUCGACGUCCAAGAAAUGGUUAGCGGAAUUUCAGCGUCGUAAUCUGGUGCUCCAUUACGACCAGAGCAAGGACGAAGCACUUCGGAACACGGUGAUCCUACGCCCAAACAAGGGCGACAGCGCCGCCGCCUUUCAGAGCGCAUUGGACCCAGUGCUUUAUAACCUCAAGCAUGUCCGUUUGGCCAAGGAAGCGCAGAUCGUGCAAGUCACGGACGAGUGGCGGAAGCUGGCGAUCACGGACACGGAGCUCAAGGCGGUGGCUAAGAAGACGCCGAAUGUGAAAAAGUGGACGGGGCUCGCGUUUAUUGCGUCGUUUUACACGGGUAUGGGGUACCUUGUGUGGGACGUGUACUCUUGGGAUGUGAUGGAGCCGAUUUCGUACUUUGUCGGGUUUACGGCAGUGUUGGGCGGGAGCUUUUACCAUACGCUCACAAGAAGCGAUGCCCAGUACUCUAACAUGUGGACCCGCGACUACAACAAGGUGCUGGCGCGGCUGCACGCGGAAAAACAAUUUGAUCCGGCGGCGGUGGACGCCACGGAGCGGUCGAUUCAAGCGAUGAAGCGCGAUGUGCACGUGUUACGAUUAUUGGAAGGCAAGUCGGCCGAGAAAAAGAAGGACGACAAGGCGGCGAUGGUCGUUGCUAAACUCGGAUAAGAACCUUCUAAGUCGCUGUUGAAUCGAUACGAUAUGUUUAUAUCUCUCCA